CUGUAGUUUGCGUGUCGUGUGUGUUGUAUGUUAUGUUACAAUUCUGUUUAGUGUAUUGAUAAUUUUAGUUGUGUUCAGUGAUAAAUAAUUUUACACCAACAAAAUCUCCGGUGAUGUGAACAACCAUAACAGGAUAAUCAAGCGAGUAACGGAAGCGAAGACGAGAAAUGCCCCUCGUCUGCUAUGGUAGAACUUUUGGACCCUGCGGAGUCAAGUGAGCUGGAGAGGAUGGAGGCGGACUCCGUGGCGAGACAACAGCGCAUCUCCCGGUACAAGGAGCAGCGCAGACGGCAGCUGGCGGCACAGUACGGUGCUCACGACGCCUCCAGUCCCACCCCCGGGGGCGGCGUCAGUGUCAGGUCGACCAGAGCUAGCCGUCUCCGCUCGGCUGCCGCCACUGCCACCGCCAACGGCAACAGUUCAGACUCCCCAGGAAAUAAAGGUGUGGAUGGUGUCCGCAGAUCGUCAGCUUGUGAAAGGAAAGACAUCAAUGGCAGACUCGGGCCAAGCCCACAGGAUACUAAAGAGAAUAGUCCCCAGCUGUCUGACUCGUCGUCUACUCCGCGCAGGGAGAGGGACAAGAGCGCCAAGCGCAAGUCUUACUUGAACCGAUCCUUGAACAACGAGCCUGUUGCUGAAGAUGCCAGUAGGCGACGUCGUAGUCUGGUACUGUCCAGUCCUGGGCCCCGCUCGCCCCCCGUCACUGCUCCGACCUCAGCCCCGGAGACUGACAGUCCCCGCCACAACUCGGCCAGGAACAAGAGGACGACCCCGCCUAGAGAGUCUCCUCGUCAUAGACCUAGAUCCAGUUCCACCGUGGUAGAGCCCCCCGCUGCGGCAGACCUGCCUGAUGUGGUGGUUCUACCGUCGUCCAUCCUCAAGAAGAAGAGUGUAGACGAGACGAGCAGUCAGACUGUCACAUCCACUGCGGGGAAACCCGUCUCGAUAUUGAAGAGAAAAACAUCACAAGAAGAAGGUUCAUCAGCAAUGACCCAACCUGUAACAUUCUCUCCGUCUGUUAUUGAGCCCUCUUCUUCUCGUAGACAAGGGAUCCUCAAGAAGCACCGCAGUUUAGAUGAUGGUAGCGGUGUGAUGAUGCGACGUAGUGCCUCUCCGGACAAGCCUAUACUGAAGCAUCAGAGACGCAGCUCUCUAGAGGAGGUAAGGAGAAGAAGAACUCAGAGUCCAGAGCCGACCAGUAUACUCAAGCGCAAAACAAGUAGAGAAGAGGCAGAAGAAUGUUCCUCAGUCAGUGAACCUCAAGGCAUCCUGAAACGUAAAACCUCAGGCUCCCCUGGUCCAGUCCACGUGACCAUAGCAGACUCUGUGAUACUAGCAGUGGCCGGAGAAGACUCUCUAGCAGACGAUCACGUUCGUCCCAUCUUGAAAAAGAAGACUAGCGUCGGCGAAGAACCACAAUGUCAGGACACCCCAGCACCAGUGUCUUCUGAAACGCCGAAACCGAUUUUGAAAAAGAAAUCCAGCUCGGAGACAGAAGAGGGCGAGGACAAACCCAAACCGAUUUUAAAGUCGAGGAGUUCUAGCAGGGUUUCAGAGGGUAGAAGUAGUUUUACCGGUCUUGAGACACUACUGAACGGAACAGAAGAGCCUGUUGCGGAGCCCUCUGUGCUCUCAGUGCGAGCUGAGAGUUCUCCAGAGAGGAGUGUGGUGAGGAGGAUGUCACGGACUGACCCGGACACUUCGGUCAAGCGAAGGUCACUGGACAGCUGGGUGAGGUUCAGAGAGGAGAGCGAGAGAACUACAGAGCAGACGACGCGGACAAGAGCUUCGUGUAGUGUGGCGGAGAUGAUUAUGAACAUGGAAAGUGUCUUGGCUAAUGAAGCUUCACAGAGACCUAGGUCACUGUCUCCAGGGGUCGAAGGUCAGGGAGCGCUGCCGAGGAGGACGAGGGACGGAGAGCGUUGGAGGACGCAGCCAAUCACAGUGCAGGAGCUGAGCUGGACCAGGACUGAGUCAGAUAUGCCUCGUAAUGACCCAGACAAAGACAAAGACAGCAAGAGAGAGGAAGAGGAAGGUCACACACUGACACGCAGCAACAGCGUGUCAGCGCGCGCCAGCAUGUUUGAGACUCUCCGCCAGCAGCGAGAGGACACGCAGAACAAGUUACCAAAAGGCAGCUCUUCCCGCAGAGUCCGGCUGGAUCCAUCCAGAUUCCAAACACAACCUGUAACACAGGAUGAGGUGGAAGAGGCCAAACGAGUCAACGAGGCUUCUAAAUCCGCAACAGCCGAAGACGACGAUCCAAACGACCCCAGCAAGUUGAGUCUGGCCGAGAGAGUGAGACUGUUCAACGAGAAGACGGUGAAUUGUCGCUUCAACCCGCGCAGUCAGCGACACAAGACUCAGCCAAUCACACCCGAGGAGCUGGAGACCGCUCAGAAACUGACUCCCAUGGCCCGGUCCGCCUCCUCUGUGCUAGUGUCUGGAAUUCUGAAAAAUCUCUCGGAGAAGAAUCUUGGACCAAAACCAAAGCCUUCGCAAGAAAGUGAUGAAGAUUCAGAAUCUGUGAAGGAGCCCUCGUCUCCUCUGAAGAGAGGUAUUCUAAAAUCUCCGUCUAGAAUCCCUAAACCCGACGUUGUCGAGGACAGUGAGACCUCUUGUCUAAGAAGUGUUUUGAAGAAGGAAAACAAAAUAUCCGAGCCCGACAGAAGAAGUAAGGAUUUGCAUUCAAUACUCAAAGUAUCCAAGGAUAAAGAAAGUUCGUCAAGCGAAGAAACAGAAACUGACAGCGAAGAUGACAAACCCAACGCUAAUUCAGACCUGAUAGAUUUACUGCAUAAAGUCGAAGCUCAAGCGAGAGGCGAGAGAAAAGCGAACGAGUCUCCGGAGAAGAGAAAGUCUUUGAUUUUAAACAACAACAACAAGCCGGACGAGUCGGAUAAGAUGAUGAAUAUGAAGAAUUUGGACCAAGGGAAGGAAAAUUAUGACGUGACAAGAAGAAUUCGGAGAAAAAAAGACUGUGGGGAGUUGUCUGGUGAAGACAGUUCGUCGUCUGGCGGGAGAGAAGUGAGGAAGAUCAUCGGAAAUGAAGCGGUCGCUCGGAGGAGACAAGCAGGGCUGGCCAAAGAAGCCGCGGAAAGAGCCAAGAGGACAUCGGGAAGCGAAGGGCUGUCCAAGAGUCGCAGCCACUCUGCGAUGAACGGAGAGGUGGUGCUGCGGCCGCCGAGUGGUGUGACGGAGGCUCUACCACUGCGGAGAUGCAGAACUCAGCCAAUGGACGAGUGUGACGAACCGCUUACCAACAGAGCGUCCAUCACACAGAGAUUAGAAGCCCUGCAGAAGAGGGGACAGACUGAUUGGAAAAAGAGGAUUUCUCGGUUGAAUCCAGGAGAGGAACUUCCCUCGACAAUCAGCAUAAAUGCCGCAGCGCAGGUGCUGGUGGAACGGGUCAGUUCCCCGUCUCCCCCCGCGGCUGUCCCUCCCCCCGUGUCCUCCUCCCUCCCUCACACCCUCUCACUGCUCCAGGAGGCCAGUGAAGGGUGGAAGAGAAGAGUCAACCCCUCGGAUGCCACCAAGUUCUCUGUCGCAGGGAAGAUGGGACCAGUCUCUCCCAUGCUCUCGCCGCUGCUCUCUCCCAACAUGGAGCGGAAAAAGGUGAAGCCGGAGAGGUUCAGGAGUAAAGGGCCAGGCCCCAAAGACGCACAGUCAGUACCCACCUCUCCUGAUGCAGAAGUUUCAGCUCCCUCCACCCCUGCUGCGUUCAAACGUAGUGUGUCCGCCCCUGGUGAAGAAGAUAAAACUUUGUCCUCUGAAGGCCCUCUAGUCACUGUUCCAAAGGCCUUUGACGAGGAUUUCACCAACUUCUUCACGUCCAGUGCCGUAGUCACCAGUGAACGUAUUCAGCUGAGGGACGAGGACUUGGAAACCGUGUCCAGGACUACAUCACAACUAUUGGUCAGUAGGAAGCAGGUGAAGGUACAGAGACGUAGGGUGGCGUCCAGUAAUCCAGUGAAGGCGCUGGCAGCUCGUACUGACCUGCGGGACACCUACGUGGAGGUCAAGACAGGGGUCGCCUCACGGGAGGAGCAGCGACUACGUGUAGAGAAAUUGGCUAAGAACUCGACCCUAGCUGUGGAGGCGCUGGCAGGCCUAGCCAGCAAGGAGGACUUUGCUGGUGUCCAGUUACGCAGCACUGCGCAGACCACUGCCUCUGUACACACAGGACCGUGGCUGGCGUACGCAGACCUCAUGUUGCUACAGGUCAAGGGACGCAGACAUGUACAGACCAGGCUGGUGAGACCUCACUACACCAGCGUCAACCAGGGAGACUCCUACGUGCUGGUCACGCCCACUCAGGUGUUUCAAUGGAAUGGGCAGUACAGUAAUGUGAUAGAGAAAUCGCGUAGUAGUGAGAUCGCAAGUCUCAUAGCACGAACACGCGACCUCGGCUGCAGUGCUGCCAAUGUGACAGUUGUACAGAGCAGCCAACCUAACAAACAGUUCUGGCAACUACUGGGAGCAGACGACGACAUUGCUGCCAACUACAAAGGUGCGGAGGCGGGACACCCAGACGAGGACGAGUUGUACGAGCUGGCUGUGAACGACACAAACAAGAUUUACGAGCUGGAGGGGGACGAGUUGGUGCCUCGUGAGGACUGCUGGGCCAACAUCCCUCGGAUAGAGAUUCUUAGUCACAACAAAGUUUUGGUGUUUGACUUUGGAGCGGAGCUGUACGUGUGGAUGGGCAAGAGCGUGUCCCUAGACAGACGGCCUACAGUGCUCAAGUUGGCCCAGGAGUUGUGGAACCACGGCUUUGACUAUUCUGAAUGUGAUAUAUGUCCCAUUACACAGGCUGAGCUGCUGGGCACAAGAACAGGCAAAGACAAGGCUGACGUAGAGAAGAGUGCUGCCAAGAGACCGGACUGGUGUCUGCUGGCCAAGGUGACUCAGCACAGGGAGACCGUGUUGUUCAGGGAGAAAUUCCUGGACUGGCCGGACUUCUCCAGAGUCAUCCAGGUCAAGAACCGGGAUAAGGAUAAACAGGUGGAUGGUCCAGUGGAGCUGAAGCCAUGUGAUGCCCGGGAGAUGGUCGACUGGUCACCUCUGGAGCCUGACUUGCAGCUGGAGGGAAGCCACUUGGGCCGAGGACACAAGUACUAUGACGUUGAGACUCACAGGCACUAUGAGAUCGCCACGCUGGGUGUGAAGGUGUGGCAUGUGCAGGAGUUUGACAGUACGGAGCUGCAAGACAGCCUAGGUCAGCUGCACAGCGGGGACAGUUACGUGGUCAGAUGGCAUUACUCGGUGACAGUGUCUGGCCGAGAGUUGACCGGACAGCCGUCACGUCACUCCACCAUGGGUAGGGACAGAGUGAUGUACUGGACGUGGCACGGCAGCGACGCUUCCAUCAACGACAGCGGUGCCGCCGCUCUGCUCACGGUAGAGUUGGACCAAGAGAGAGGACCGCAGCAAACAAUCAAGCAAGGUGCGGAGCCACCAGCCUUCCGCAGACUGUUCAAUAGCGGCCUGACAAUACACAGAGGUCGACGUUGUGACUCUGACGAUCGUACAGAUAGGUGGCGGCUGUAUAUUGUGCUCGGAGAAGAAACUGCUGAAGCAAUGCUGCUAGAAGUUCCUUUACAUUGUCGUCAGUUGAGAAGUAGAGGUUGUCUGGUUUUGUUGGACACAGAAGACGAUAAAGCAUUCAUUUGGAGAGGAGCCCAUGCAUUGGACCACACACAUAAGGUUGCCGUAGCAGCAGUGGAAAGGUUAAAAGAGCAACUUCCCAGUGAAACAGGUUUGACUGAAGUGGAAGAGCUUGAAGUGGAAGAAAUUAGUGAAGGAAAAGAACCAAAACUUUUCUUUGACGCUCUUGGCGGCCACAACAGACAGAUGUACCACUCGCUACUGAGUGUCCCCGCUAGUCAAGCCCCCACCACCCGCAUGUUCCUACUGACAGGAGUGUCGGGGGCCUUGACUGUCUGCCCCGUAACCCCCGUCUGUGGUCACUCUCAGUUGGCCUCCCCAUUCCCAUACACACAGGAGACGCUGUACGACGCACGUCAACCAGCCCUGUUCCUAGUGGACACAGGCGCAUGUGUGUGGUUGUGGCAAGGCUGGGUGUCCGAGGCCCAGGCGGAGGCCGAGGUAGGUGUGAGGUGGCAGAGUGAGCGCAGGGCUGCCAUGGCGACAACACUAGAGUACCACAAGCUGCGACACAGUGGUGCCAACCUCGCAACACCUCCACCACGGCUUGUGUGGGCCGGGCUGGAGCCGCUGGAGUUUACCAACCUGUUCCCAACCUGGGAGUGUCACGAUGUGGUCACCGAGAUCAACAUCACCGAUGGCCAUGCUGGAGAGUUGGUCCCUGUGGAGGCUGAACUAGAGAGGUUGACUCAGAGCACAUUCCCUCCCUCACAACUCCUACAACGACCGUUACCAGACGGGGUUGAUCCUACUCGUCUGGAGGACUAUCUCGCCCCCCAACACUUCCAAGAAGUUUUGGGCCUUUCAAAGGAAGAGUUUUCCGAACUCCCGGCGUGGAAGCAGAACAAGUUGAAGCAGGAGAAGGGUCUGUUUUGACGCCAGUUCGGCUGAAGUUACCGUUACGAAGCUGCAUUUAUCAUAGACUGAGAUCCAGUCCUACCGUUUGUGCCAAUUUUCUGUACAGCCUUACAUCUCUUGUUUGUGUUGUUAUCUAUGUGAAUGAGUUUUCAUAUGUUGAUAAUUAAGUCGACUAUAAAGUAUUCUGUACCAUGUUUGUAAUUUUUGUAUCAUGAAUGUGUUUUUUGUAGUUGACAUUUUUUACAGUUUGAUGUAUCUAUUUUUUGUGUAAAUCACCGUCACUCACAGAGCUUAAUUUAAUGCCUAUAACUGUAAUUUCAGUCCAGGCUGUGAUUUGAUGUUCAAUUACCUAUUCAGAAUUUCAAGUUUCUUUAGGAGUGCCUUUAAUUAACAAUAUCCACGAUUGGUGAUUACCUCCUAAAGUUGUACCACUUUGGCAUAUGGUUUCCAAGUGUAGAUCGCUCGGUUUAUUUAUGUUCGCAGAAGUAUUGUAAAUUUUGUUAUUAGUAUCCUAGAGAGUAAUAUAUUUGAAUAUUUUGUUGAUAUUUUUUGUUGUUCGAUCUCUUAUCUAGUUAAUGUGCGUUUUCUUGUAUUGGCAUUUUUCUUUGUUUCCAACGGCUUUUGUGUCGAUUAGUUAAUGGUGGUGUCUAACUAUUGUACCAGGUCAGAUGUGCAGCAACUGUUUCUGACUGGUAAUUUAAGACUGAUAUUCACUUAUAGUUUUUAAAUCCAAUACUUGCCUAAGGAAGAGAAUGAUGGAUGUGAUGGAUGCAACAAAGAAAGAUGCCACGGAUCUCGUGUGCCUCUUCGCACUGCCUUCAAUCUUUUCAUACUGUUGGCUUUCAAUCUAUAACGUCUUUUUCACGCUUUUUUGUACUAAAAUGUAAAAAUGUAUUUGUAUAUUUAAAAUGUAAAUUAAUGUUUAACUCUAUCUGUUUGUUUUGUAACUUAUGUAUUUUUAAUGAAAGACGUCUG